UCCAGCAGAACAAUUACCUGACCCGGUACCGCAUGAGGAAGGUGUUCCGGAAGUUUGUGCGUCACUUCCACCUGCACACGGUGAGCGCCGGCAAGCUGAGCGAGGAGGACGUCAUGUACAAGUACCUGUCCACGCUGGAGAACCUGGCGCCCCGGUUCUGCUCGGAGACAUUCCGGACUCUGUCCCUGGAGCUGCUCACCGAGGACGAGAAACUUCCCUUCUACAUCAAUGGCGGCGACGUGGAGCACGCGGACUGCGGGAGCCACCAACCCAACGCCACGCACCACGUCAUGGUGAGCGGCAUGGAAGGCAUCAGGUGGCGGCUCGGGAGAGGAGAGGAUCCCCCGGAGAGCGGCGCGCCGAGGAACUACUUCAGCAGGAAGACGCGGGGGAAGGGACAGAAGGCCGGCAGGCCCGUCACUAAGGCAGAACCCAGCGAACCCAAAUGGAUCCCGUUCUGUGACUUCCAGGACAUCACCCACAUCGUGGUCAGCCAGAGCCGAGUCAGCGUCAACUGUCAGGACAACAAGUGCCUG